AUGAACGACAAAGACGACAGCGCUUGGGUCUUUGACUCCUUGAUUGGUUUUCUUCAGGGUCCCAUUUGGUCUGCACCUCUGAUCACUUUCAUUGAAGAGAAGUCACUCAUAUUCGAAGCGGACGUCGAAGAAAACGACGAGUAUCAAAAGAUAUAUCAGGAGUACAAAAAUCUGGUGGACUUAUUGCUUGGCUGUUUCAUGGAAGACAUGGGGAUCACUCCGGAGCAAUUCGAGUACGCUUGUACCGUGAACAAGUACACAAAAAUGCCUAUACAAUUUCAGCAAAACUUGUUUCAGCAAAUAUGGGCAGCAAAUGAGUACGAGAUAUUCAAGAGAAUGAUGAUACAGAAAAAUCUGGAGCUUCAGCUGCAGGCUUUGAAUAUGAUCGAGCAGAAGUAUGGUCUCACUCCUGCAUCCUUGAUGUAUGAAACAGAUGUAUUGAAUAAUGAUCCUUUAGUCAUGGAAGAAAUUAUUCAAAAACACGUGUUAGAGAACGACCCUGAAGAUCAGGAUAUAUCAUCAGAAACUUCAUUCAUCAAAGAACACGAACGCUUGACAGCUAAAUACAAUAGCGAAAAAGCUUUGUUGGUAGAAGCCCUAAAAGCAUCACAGGAGGAACAAACUUCAGAAAAGGACAUGCACUUAUUCUCAAAAGAAGAAAUUGCAGAGAAAGAAAGAAGAGAAAUAGAAGGCGACGAAGAAGAAGAAGGAGAAGAAGAAGGAGAAGAAGAAGAGGAAGAAGAGAAGCAAGAAGAAAGGAAGAAAGAAAAUAUCUCCAAAGCGGGCCCUUUUGUUUCUAUGCCCACGGAUGAAUCAAAAUCAGAGGAACAAAAUGUAUCAGAAGAAGACAUAAUAAAGAGGCAGACUUAUCUAAAGGCUAGGCGCGAUAAAUUGGUAGCUUUGAAGAAAGAAGCAAGAAGUCAACGACUGGAAAUGAAUUCGACCAGGCCAAGUUCCGCGAGGACAGUAGCGGAAGCGACGAUCAAAGGGGAGCAAGAACUAAAUUUAUCAGAACCUCUGGAACCGUCUAUACUGCAAGUACGCAAAGCACUCGCGGCUCGCCUUCAAGCCGAGGUGGUGCGUAAGCAAACGAACUAAUAAUAACGAUUCUCCAACAUGAAAGAGAUCGGGACGGCAAUGUUUCAUCUGAAUAAAAUGGUAAAGAUAUUUUUUCGAAAAGUUUCAUACAGAGUUACAUCAGC